AUGGGCAGAAAUAUGAUGAAAGAAAUGAUUGAUGUUACUAUUCCAGCGAAGCCUCAUCAGACAUACCGUUACAGCCAUGCAGACAGAUUUCGCGUUUGUGUCAACGGUUACGACUGGACACAUCAAAAGCUAAUGAAAAAUGUGGCUAUUACUCUUCGCCACAAAGUUCUUUGGUUUAUUUAUCAGCAGAUACUGAAUAACUAUGAAGAUUUUUUUAAUAGCGAUUUAAAAAAGUAUUUUUAUGAUUAUGGAAUCAAUUUCUAUUCUGUAAAUGAACUUUUUGAUUGCUCCGAAGGUAAAAAGGAAUUCAAAAGGGUUCCUGAUCAGAUCAGUGUCAUGAAAGAUAUUACAAGGAUUACCAUACUUUGUAAUCAUAAGCUUCAUGAUUUUAUACAGAGUCAUUUAACCGUUCACAAUAAGGCGAAUGAUCUCCUUUGUAUGCAUGAUAUUGGGGUCAGUGUAGGCAAAGUUUUGAGCGCAGGUAUGGAAAAGAACGUACGUUUUGUUGGUAAUUCAUGGAAACAAGCGGCGCCUAUCGUGCAAAUUGAUGAUCUUGUCGUGCACACAACACAUUUAGAAACUCAGCGAUUUUUUUGCAUUUUUGGAAUGGCAGCUGCAGCUGCGGGCAAGUUUAUUCUAAUUAACAAUCAGGAUACAACGAUAGCUGACUACAUAUUGUAUAAAUACCAGCGAAGGUUACGCUAUCCGGGUUUGCCGUGUGUAAUUGAGCGACGUGUGGGUGGCAAAGACAAACGUCCGCGCAACAGUUUUCAUCCGAUGGAGUUCCUCGAAGUUGUGGGAGGACAGGGUGUUGAAGCUAAAAAACAGGCACCAGAAUUAGUGGAUAUUUCAUUUUUCAAAUUGCACUAA